AUGAACCAAACCAGAUCCCAGCAACUAUUUGAACAAGCCCAGCGGUACAUUCCCGGCGGCGUAAACAGUCCGGUGCGUUCCUUCAGGGCCGUAACCGGUACUCCGCCCUUCAUUGCCCGCGGUCAGGGUUCCCACGUUUGGGACGUGGACGGCAACGAAUAUAUCGAUUACCUGGGUUCCUGGGGGCCGCUGGUCCUGGGCCACGCGCACCCCACUGUAGUCGAGGCCCUGCACCGGGCCGCCGAGGGUGGCACCAGUUUCGGCGCUCCUGUUGAACUGGAAGUGGAACUGGCCCGGACUAUUUGCGAAGCCCUUCCCUCGGUGGACAGCGUCCGGCUGGUAAGUUCCGGCACCGAGGCCUGCAUGAGCGCCAUCCGCCUGGCCCGGGCCUACACCGGCCGCAGCAAGGUGAUCAAGUUUUCCGGCUGCUACCACGGGCAUGCCGACGGGUUGCUGGUCAGGGCUGGUUCCGGUGCCAUGACCCACGGCAUCCCCACCAGCGCCGGCGUUCCCGACGCCUACGGGGCCGAAACUCUGGUUGCCGACUACAACGACAUUGCCUCCGUGGAAUCGUUCUUUCAGGCCUGGCCCGAAGCCAUCGCCGGUGUGAUAGUAGAGCCGGUGGCUGGCAAUAUGGGCGUGGUGCCUCCGGCUGAGGGAUUCCUGCAGUCCCUGCGCCAGGUAACUGCGGACAACGGGGCUAUGCUCAUCUUCGAUGAAGUCAUAACGGGCUUUCGCAUUGCCUACGGCGGGGCCCAAACACUAUAUGGCAUCACCCCAGACAUUACCUGCCUCGGCAAGAUCAUCGGCGGCGGCCUGCCGGUAGGGGCCUAUGGCGGUCGCAGGGACAUAAUGGAAAUGGUGGCGCCCCUGGGGCCCAUGUACCAGGCCGGCACACUAUCGGGCAAUCCCCUGGCCGUCACCGCCGGACUUACCACCUUGACCGAACUGCAAAAGGCAGGCACUUACGAAAAGCUUGAGUCCCUGGCGACGCGUUUGGCCGACGGCAUCACCCAGGCCUUUGCCCAAGCCGAGGUACCGGCUACCCUGAACCGAGUUGGGUCGAUGAUGACUGGCUUCCUGAAUGCUGGGCCGGUGGAUGUCCUGGCCCAGGUCGAGCAGUCCAACACCGAAGCCUACGGUCGAUACUUCCACGCUAUGCUGGAGCGGGGCGUUUACCUUGCCCCUUCCCAGUUCGAGGCCGGUUUCGUUUCCCUGGCCCAUUCCGAGGAGGAUAUUGACCGGACGGUGGCUAUUGCGGCGGAGGCGUUGGGGAGUUUAGGGUAA